AUGUCAUUGAAGCCCUCCACCAUUGCAGGUUUUCCCAGGAUAAAGUAUUUUUAUCACUCUAGAUAUCUAGUCAAUCCAAAAAUUUAUGAUAAGAUCUUUGAUAGACUGGAUUUGAAAAAAACAUAUGGUGAUUGCAAAAGACUGAAAGUUUUAGAUUUAUACCCUGGCCCUUUGACCCAGUCAAUAGUAUUUAACAAGAGAUACAAUCCACAACAACAUGUUCUCAUGGAAUCAAGGCCGUCGUUCGUAGAGCACAUUAGAUCUACUCUGAAAGAGGACAAUUCAGCAUUUCAACUUUCUGAAUUAGAUCCCUAUGACUGGAAAUCUUACAUAAAGAUUAUGGAAGAAACUGAGCAGUUCGUGCCGGCUACUCAAAAUCGAAAUUAUAUCCAUGACAAGUUUUUUGUCAUGGCCAAUGUUACUGAAAAGAAACAUGAAGGUUUGCUGAUGCAGUGGUUCAAUUGUCUAGGUGUUGGUAAUUGGAUUCAAAAGUAUGGAAGAGUGAAAAUGUUGGUUUGGAUGCCUACUUCUACUGCUGCUAAGUUACUUGCUAAACCUUCCACAAAGCUGCGUGCAAAAUGUUCAGUUGUUUGUGAGGCAUAUUCUAUUUCUAAUCUGAUUGCGUUGUCAAACGUUCAGGACUUCAAACAAUUUGAUAAAGACACCUUGGAAAAAUCAUCCCCUGUCGUUCUAGAAGAGCAUGAUAUUGUUCCUGAAAGCGGUGCAUCUAUUGCUCUGAUGGAAAUUGACCCAUUAGAACAUAAUAUAGCAUGUGACGAAUGGGACUACGUCACGAAGCAUUUGAUGAUUUUGAAAAAGACGCCAUUCAAUGAUGCUGUUGAAUCACUUGGUCAUGGUGCUAGAGAUUACUUUAGAGGAAAGAUAGCAAAUGAAGCGUUCAUGAAACGUCAUCCUAUUACCUUUACAGCGGAAGAGUUUAAAUAUUUAACUAGUAUCUUUUCUAAUUGGCCCUUUAAACCAGAUAUCUACUUAGAUUUCUUCGACUAUCGCCAAGAGGAAAGUGUCAUGUAA